AUGAAUGGGUACAACUGGCAAGAUGGACGUCCACAUAGUAAUAGCAAUUCGCCCGCGCCAUUAAAUUUCCAAAGCAUACAACACCUUUACCCUGAACAUUUCAAGAACAAUUCACUGGAUCAAUUGAACCCCCGAAACCAUCCGUCAAUGCAGGUACAUAGUGACAACAAUAGCUAUGACAAUAUAGCAGCUUUAAAAUAUUCCGAUCAAUCCAUUCCCUUAUCUUUAACAGCACAAGAUUUAACCUUGCAGGAAUCAAAAACUUAUAUGAGGUGGUAUAGUGAUAUUCUAGCCCGAACCAGUAGUCGAACAGUGACUAUAAAUGAUGUCUACAAUUUUUUAAACAAUUUCAAGAUCCCUCAAGACGCAAAGGAGAAAAUCAACAAGAUUUUUUUUAAAAUAUUAUCGUCUAUCAAUAUUGGGGAGUUUUUCGCAUUACUUAGAAUGAUAAGUCAUGUCUUACAGGGUAAAGAGCCGUCUAGAAACUUGAUCAAAGAACAAACAACUGUCCCUUGUCCACCAUCUAUUCUAUCUAAAAAGAGGCAAAAAGAAGAUGAAGAGGAUCUUGAACAAGACUCUAAUGAUAAACAACCUUUGGAUAUCGACAGUUUCACCCAGUUUUUGUUAACCGGUGAAAGACCAUCAAACAACAAAAGAUCUAAAAAAUUGAAAUCUGUUAAAUUCUCGGAUCAAAUUGAUGUGCAUGAUGCUAGAGCAAUUAGUCCAGCAGAGUCGCCUCUACCUGUUGAACAACAACAAAUGGAUUAUCUGUUACCAAUGGACCAAUUAUUGGAACGAAUGAAGAAACCAGACGAGGAAGAAAAAGAAGUACUCAAGGAUAUGGAAUCACAAAUGAACCACUUUCAACAUUUAAAUACCGUCGAUACGAUGAGUGUUGGUGGUACACCAUAUCUUCAACCAAAUAUGACUGGUCCUGCCCAAAUGGCACGAAUAUUUAGUCCCUCCCCAGAACCUUUGAGACCUAAUAUAACUGGCCCUGCAGAUAUGGCAAGAAUGUUUUCUCCACCAUCUUCACAAUCCGAUAAUAAUAAUAAUAAUAGCAACAUUAAUGGUAAUAUUAUUAAUAAUGGUAAUGAUAAUAAUGGACACCCAGUGAUUUCGUUAUCAGCAUUUACGAGUCAGAUGACUGGUCCAACAAUGCAAAAUACUAUUCAGAACAGUAAUAUGGCACCAGCUCCACCACCCUCAAGACAUAGAUCCUUGUCUUCGCCUCUACCAAAUAAACCAGCUCCGCCUCCUCCACCGCCAAGAAGAAACAGAGUGCCGCUGCAACCAGUCGAACAACAACCACAAUAUCAACAACAGCAACAACAGCAACAACAAUACCCGUCGGAUCCUAAUAUUCCUCCCCCAUUACCACCAAAAAUUGCUGUUAACGAUGUAUAUUCGACAAAUAAUGAUUCAACAGCCAAUAUUUUGGAUGAUUUGAAAGCAUUACAAGAAGAGGUCGACAAAAUCAGAGAUUUGACAGGUGGGUUUUAA